AUGUCGUCAGCCUAUUGUCCCUGCGCCGUUGCGGUAUCCGCUUCCUCCGCCGCUACGUUUAAUCCAUUAUUCUCCUUCCGUUCCAAUUUCCGACUCUUCUACCGCUUUGCACCCAAAUCCUUGAAACUCGUUGCCAAUUGCCCUAACUCGCUACUCCUCCAUUCGAAUAUCCGUCGCCACCGCUUCUUCUGCGCCGCCGAAGACGAAAUCCCGGCGUCACCUGAAGAAGAUGAAGUAGAAGAAGACGAAGAAGAAGGAGAAGAAAAAGACGCAGAUGAAAAACCGACGGCGCAAGCGAAUGGUGAGGAAGGGAGGCUGUACAUUGGGAAUUUACCUUACACAAUCACUUCCUCUGAGCUCUCUCAACUUUUUGGAGAAGCCGGAAAUGUCGUCGAUGUUCAGAUUGUGUAUGACAAAGUCACUGACAGAAGCAGAGGAUUUGGGUUCGUAACGAUGGGAAGCAUUGAAGAAGCCAAGGAGGCGAUUCAGAUGUUUAACAGCUCUCAAGUCGGUGGUAGAACAGUGAAAGUGAACUUCCCGGAGGUGCCAAGAGGCGGAGAGAGAGAAGUAAUGAGAACCAAAAUCCGCGAUGAUAACCGGAGUUACGUUGAGAGUCCUCACAAGGUCUAUGCAGGGAACCUUGGUUGGAAUCUAACCUCGCAAGGUCUGAAAGAUGCGUUUGCAGAUCAACCUGGUGUACUUGGUGCUAAAGUCAUCUAUGAGAGAGACACUGGGAGGUCUAGAGGAUUUGGUUUCGUCUCUUUCGAGUCAGCAGAAAAUGUUCAGUCUGCUCUGAAUGCCAUGAAUGGCGUGGAAGUUGAAGGACGAGCGCUGAGGCUAAAUUUGGCUUCAGAGAGAGCCACUGAGUCUCGUUCUUCUGUUGCACAAGGAGAGACUGAAGAGAGCAGUGAUGUGCUUUCGAACGUUAGUACAUGA